AUGGGAUCCUUUGGUCAGGUGGGUUGCCAAGUGUACAGCCACAUCUGCAAGAUAGGUCCUCCUGGUGACAAUGUUCAAACAGCUUGUACAGUUGGUAAAGCAUCUGGCAUGGUUCCCGAUGGUAGUAAAUUAAUUCUGAUAGACGCCAAUGACCCUGAAGAAAAUUUUCCUGCAUCAAUAAAUUGGCAAACAAUGGAAGAAAAUGGACACAAGUCAAAUGAAUCACAUGUUGCUAUUCCUGGGCUACAUGGUGAGACAAGCAAUUUCCAUUUUGCUAUGACUGGAAAAUCUUAUCAAGUCAUUGUGCGUCAUUUUUACCAUUUGCUACCAAAGAUACUUCUUAAUGGAACUAUUUUUGCUAGAAUGAGCCCAGGACAAAAAUCAAAUCUUAUUGAAGAAUUUCAAAAAAUAGAUUAUUAUGCUGGCAUGUGUGGAGAUGGAGCCAAUGACUGUGGUGCUCUGAAAGUGGCACAUGCAGGUAUUUCUUUGUCUGAAUUAGAGGCAUCUGUGGCUUCUCCUUUUACAUCCAAAACUACCAACAUUGAAUGUGUGCCAAAGCUAAUCAAGUGA